GCUUUCUGUAUCAGAAAACAGACGCUGAGCUUUAUUUGGGUUAUGGCUUCUUUAUUAUCAAAAUUCGCUGCACAUGUAAGCCAGUGUAAACAGUUAGUCCUGACCGGUGCUGUAUAUCAGUUCCAGCGUGGGUUGAAUUGCACACUGACUGUGGGACGAGUUAUAAAUACUGUCUGUCGCUUUGAAAGGUUCUCGACCUCCUCUGCCUGUUGGAGGUUAUCUGAGGUGAAGAAUUUGAGAGUAGUUAAACCACUGCUAAACUGGUACCAGUAUGUGGCGGUGCUGUUCGGGACUGUCGGCGUGUCUGUGGCCGCUAUAAGCUCCAGUGCUGUGAGCGCCAUGUCCUCCCGACCUGAUCUCAACCUAGACUCUGAGAAAAGUGACUGGAGACAGAUCAAAAAGAAGCUUCAGUCCAUGAGCCUAGAGGAGAGAAGGGCAGUGUACAUGACUGGUUACAUCACCCUGGACAAGGUUCCUGUCUGGAAUCAAACAGGUUCUACCUCCACUGAGCCUUUCUACAAGCCCGAUAAGGAGCUAAAUCAGAAGAUUUCUCUCUUUAGAGGUGACAUCACCAAACUGGAGAUUGAUGCUAUUGCCAAUGCAGCCAACAAGACCUUGCUGGGUGGAGGAGGAGUGGAUGGAGCCAUCCAUCGUGGUGCGGGUCCUCUCCUGAGGAAGGAAUGUGCCACGCUAGGAGGAUGCCAAACAGGGGAAGCCAAGAUUACCGGAGCCUACGGCCUGCCAGCCAAAUAUGUUAUUCACACUGUGGGGCCGAUAGCUCACGGCUCUGUGGGAGAGAGUGAGGAACGAGCUUUGCAAGACUGCUAUUAUAACUGCCUGCACACUGCCACUGAGAACCAGCUGCGGACAGUGGCUUUCCCCUGCAUCUCCACUGGAGUGUACGGAUACCCACCUGAAAAGGCAGUGGAAGUGGCACUGAAGACAGUGAGAGAAUACCUGGAGCAACACGAUGCACAGAUGGACCGGGUCAUCCUUUGCGUCUUCCUCAAAUCAGAUGAGGAGCUCUACAAGAGCAGGCUUCCUGCCUACUUUCCAAAAGCCUGCUGACCAAUCAGCGAGAGCGUUGUGUUGACAGAUGGGUCUCUGAAAGGCAAAUUAUGAGUGGAUAGAACUGCCUUCUUCUGUCCUGCGAGCAACACCUACUGAAUAUUUUGAAAAUGCAGAUUUUUUAAUAGUAUGCUUUGUCAAAUUUUUUUCUAAUGCUGGUUUUUUGAACUUUUGUGUUUUCAUGAUCAAAGUAUGACUAUUAUACUCACAUUCACAGUAUAGAAUUGCAUAAUUUUAGCUGAACCGAGACUGAUUUAUUAUGCGUUCUUUAGAUUAAAUUCUGCAAAAUAACAAAACAUUAACCUUGACAUUUCAGUUCCACUUUUUUGACAAAAGUAUGAUUAGUAAUUUAUUAUUUGUGAACAUAAACUACAUGGCCAAAAAAUAUGCUUUGAGUUUGUGUUUCUUUAAGAUGUUUGCACUCCAAAAUAACAGGACUUGCGCCCAGGUGGCACAGCGGGAUAUUUCGCUAGCACUCCAGCACAGAGUUUCUGAACUCCUCGGUUUGAAACUCUGUGUUGCCACUGGUCAGCUGGGCACCAUCUGGCAGGCAUAAUUGGCAGUGCCUGCAGCAGAUACUAAUUGGCCACCGUAUCUGCAGGGUGGGGGCCGGACUAUGUGUUAUACGCUGUGUAAGAACCCUGAUUGGCGGAAGAGACGCCUGUGCAGAAUGCAGGGGCGAGAAGAGGAGGGCUGUGCACGUGUCGGAAGAGGCGUGUACAGCGAUGUGCUCCCCUCGGAUGCAAUCUGGUAUCUCUCAGCAGCAGAAGACAAAAUUGAGUGCGCUAAAUCGGGAGGAAAAUGGGGAGAAAAUGCAUAAAAUAAAUAAAUAAAUAAAAAAUAACAGGACUUGUGAGUUUUGCUCUUCAACAUGUUGUAUUGCUGUUUAUUAAUAAAGAUUAAAUGAUUGUGUUAGUUUCAUGCACCUAUAUAAAGUGGUGCAUGAAACCAUUUAGAAGUGCAUAUGUUUGGCCAUGUCAUUUAUGUCAAAAAGCUGUAUUAUAUUAUUCAAAAUCAGUUUAAAUAAAUCUAAAAGUAACCAAUUCACAGCAGGGUCAACACUUGUAGCACUUAAAUCACACUGAAAUGUCACUUUUUUUCUUUGCAGUGUACUUGAUGUAGGUUGCUAGGAUGACGGAUUCUCAUUAAAGCCUUUUGCUUCCUGUUUAA